AUGAGUCUCGAAUCAAUUAAAUAUAAGCGAGGAUAUCUCGAAGUCUUGGAUCAACUACUACUUCCUCUUCAAACCAAGUAUGUAAAAAUUGAAGGGGUAGAAGAUGGUUGGAAAGUUAUUAAUAAAAUGCAGGUGAGAGGUGCCCCUGCCAUAGCUAUUAUAGGCUGCUUAUCAUUAGCUAUAGAAUUGUUAAAUGAUAACAGUUCUGACAAGAAAGUGAUGAGGCAAGAGAUAGAAGGCAAACUCAACUACUUGGUGUCUGCACGUCCGACAGCUGUAAACAUAAAAUUGGCUGCAGAUGAACUUAUAAGUUUGGCUAACACAUUGAGUGCAGAUGAGACUGUCACAUCUGAAGAAUUCAAAGAGAGAUUUAUUUCAAGUAUUGAAGGAAUGCUGAGCAAAGACAUAGAAGAUAAUAAGGCAAUAGGACGAUACGGUUGUGAAGCUAUUCUUAAGAACAUCGAAGGAGAUGGGCAAGUCAGGGUACUUACACAUUGCAACACUGGUUCAUUAGCAACAGCUGAAUAUGGUACUGCAUUAGGAGUGAUCAGGUCCCUACACGCUGCCAAAAGAUUGGAGCAUGUAUUCUGCACGGAAACCAGACCUUACAAUCAAGGAGCUAGGUUGACAGCUUUUGAGUUGGUGCACGAGAAAAUUCCGGCCACACUCAUCGUGGACAGUAUGGUGGCUGCUCUUAUGCAUGUAAGGAAUAUUGGUGCAGUUGUGGUCGGUGCUGAUAGGGUGGCUGCCAAUGGAGACACAGCUAAUAAGAUUGGUACAUACCAAAUAGCCAUAGUGGCCAAAUAUCACAAUGUACCAUUUUAUGUAGCUGCUCCAUUUACUUCUAUUGAUAUGCAAAUACCCUCUGGGGAACACAUCAAAAUUGAGGAGCGACCAGAUAAAGAGAUGACACAUAUUGGUGAUCGCAGGAUUGCUGCACCAGGCAUAAAUUGCUGGAAUCCGUCAUUUGACAUUACUCCUGCAUCUCUCAUAACUGGAAUUAUAACUGAAAAAGGUGUAUUUCUUCCAAGCAUGUUAAGCACAUUAUUCGCUUAA